AUGAAAGAAUUUGGAAAAAGAUUUAGUGAAGAAACCAAGAAAACUGUUAAACAAGGAUUAAAUAAAUUAGUAGAUAGUAUUGACACAGGAGAAAUCAAAGUCAAACAUAAGGAAAUAUUUCCUAAUAAACAAAUGCUCAUGUGUAUAUGUGGUAGUUCCGGUUCUGGGAAAACUCAUCUCACUUUUAACAUGUUGACAACACCAAACCUUUUAGAUUUCGAUUCUUUAUAUAUCUACACAACAACACCAGAGCAAUCGUAUUCUCAAUUUCUCAAAGCUUUAGAAUACCUACCAAAGAAAGAUGUUCAAGACUUAUUUCAAUAUUACAAAGAAAACGAAGAAGAAGUGGAAAUAAAAGAUAUCUUAGAUAACUACAUCGAAGGAAAGAAACCAACGGAUAUAAAAGUUUUUCUUACGAAAAAUGUUAAUGACCUAGACUUGUCUAAUAUUGAUAGCAAUCGAAAGAACCUAAUAUUGUUUGACGACUGCGUAGCGCAAAGAAAUCAAGCUGUUCAACAAGAAUUCUUCACGAAGGGAAGACAUCACAACUGUCACUGCAUAUAG